AUGGAGCCCACGAGCAGCGCCGAGGACGCCGGAGUCUACUCCGUCUCCGUGCGUGGCCGCGCGCAGAUCGCGCACUCCUUCAAGGGCGAGCUCUUUGGCGCCGCGCAGGCCCUCCACGGCUGCACGUAUGUCGUCGACGCCGUCUGCAGGGGCGUGCAGCUGCAGGCCGGCGCCAACUACCUCGUCGACAUCUGCGCCGCGGAGAGUGCGCUCAAGGCGGCGCUCGCCCGGUACGACCGCCGUAACCUCGACGACCUCGCCGAGUUUGCGGGCGACAACACCACCUGCGAGCGGGUCGCGCGCGCCGUCUGGGAGCGGGUCGCGGCCGCUCUGCCGCGUCCGCCGGCGCUCGCCUCCUUGCAGAUCGUGGUGCGCGAGAGCGACGUGGCGCGCGUCGAGUACGAGCGCUCGCUCGGCGCGUCGGACG